AUGGGCUUACUCAAAUCUCACUUAGAGCAAAUAACUCUCUCUUCCAAUGCUAUUGCCGACUUGCCAUUCCCUCCCCCGCGAAUUUUCACCACUGCGUUGCUGGGCUCCCACGACAUUACAGCCUUGAUUCGUGAUACCGAAGCUCAUGAACGCGCACUCUUUCAAGUCGAUCCAGCUGCUAAGGCUCCAGGGUCGCAAAGACGCGCCACACGACGCGGGACCAUGUUCCCCACCGAGCCUGAAAGGGAGUCGAUGGCAAGCCGCAUCUAUUCAGCGCGGGACAACCGCAACCAGUCUGCGGUGGCCAGAGUUCUGGGACACGAUAUGAUGGAAGAGAUCAAACGAUCAGCAGGCACCUCAACCAGAGGGCCCCGCGGGGAAGUUAACAUUGAAGUUCUGCUUCGGGGAGCCGAGAUCCUCUGUGAUGUUUAUCCGAUUCCCGGCGCACAGGAAAAGAUUGCCAGUCUUCGCUAUCGGCAUCAGAUCAUUAGCGAGUCCAUAGCACAAUUGGAGGAUCGGGUUGCAACGAAUACUGCAGAACUGGAUCAGAUGAGACGCUCCUAUGGGGAAGAUGAAGAGGACUUUGCACCUGCGCCAGCACAACCGGACAUUUCAGAUGUUACUGAUGAGGAUAUUGAGCGAGAGCUGGCCGAGAUUCGAGGACUGGAACAGCGGAAACGGAGGCUGGAAGAACGGGUCUCAGGCAUGGAUCGAGAUCUGGGGGUUUGA